GCACAAUUUAUGUCAGCCGAUAUAAGAAGAGAUGCCGUGUUCUGAUGACAGUUCCUGGCCAAGCGGUGCCCCAAGGAAUUAUUAAAGGAGCACAGACGUCGUAUAAAGUUAUGCAACUAUGGUUGUUUAUUCUCCGCUGCUGUAAUUAAAAGCGAUCGACGCAGAAUACGCUGUUUGCAGUCGACAUAGAGCAUGAUUAAGCCCAUUGCUAUACUAUGCGUGGUGUUAAGCGCUCAGUCUCGAGCACAGCAAUAUGUGUGGGAUUUGCUGAAACCACCGCUCACCGCCGGCGAAGUGCGAGCCAUUGCGUUUAACGCUUAUGCAGCGGACACCUUUCCCAUGUAUGCCAGCAUUCCCCAGACGAACUUGCGGUGCGACAAUAAGAAACAGCCGGGAUUCUACGCCGACACGGAAGCCCAGUGUCAGGUCUUUCAUCGAUGCGAUGUCAAUGGAAAUCAGACUAGUUACCUGUGCGUCAACAGCACGGUGUUCAAUCAGGUCACUCUCGUGUGCGACUAUUUUUACAAUGUCGACUGCGAAAGGCUUUCCUUGCCCGGUGAAUUAUAUCGGGAUCACCCCCUAGACCCUAUGCGAAUCCUACGCCUAGGUCACUGAUGGUAAGUGCGCCGCUUCUUCUUGGACUUGGUUGAGGCCAAGGAGGUGGAUUCGGUGGGACGACCGAAUUCGCCUCCUCACUGGGGAUCAGAGGGGGUUCACUGGGGAUCAGAGGUUCCAGGAAAGAAAACCGAACGAUACUGCUACCAUGUCAGAUAUGACACAGAAGCAGGAGAAAAUUGGGGCAAAAUAUGCCUUCAUUGUGAUAGCAAUAAAGCAAAAACACGAAAACCAACAGAAAACCCGAUGGGAGAAAGCUGUGGAAAAAGUGCCUGCAAGCGCGCAAGUGUGAAUCGUGAUUAAUGAUUCAGCGUGCUGCGGGUACGCAACAGCUGAUGCCACAAAGCAUGGAAUCGCUCGUAAGCGCUGGGAUACGCCCCCAAGAGUGCAGCGAUGCGCUGAUUGGUCAGCGUAGACAAAGUAUACGCUGAGUAAGCAGCGUAAUAGCGCGGCACGAAUGGCGUUGCCAUGUGCGGGCGGGCGCCAGAGAAAGCCACAAGAGAUGUCUACCGCCUCGAGUGAGCGGUCUCUGACAUUAAUAUCUAUAUAAUAUUAUUCAUAAUAAUAUGUACGGCUUUUUUUGUCAUUACAAUUUUUUUUUAUUUGGUUGAAUUUACCGCAACUUAGUACAUCUAUAUUUCCGAUGUAGAUUUGCCACAUACAAGCCCGUUUUCAAACCUGUAGACCGCUGUAAGCGGGAUAUUUGAAAAACGUGGGCUUGAGCCAUUCAAGGUGCUUCGGCACGUCACGGCGUAUUGGUCACUAACGCCACUGCGAUAUGAGGGGUGUGUGAGAGAGACAAGUAUGAGAUAGACUGAGUGCUCUACGCCAAUGCAUCCAGUGUAGAGUAGAUAAAAUCUAGCCUGUAACUGUGCGCUUAAUCACUGCGUCGCGCUUACAGCGGUCUACAGGUUUGAAAACGGGCUUGUACGAAGACUUCGCCAAUUCCCGUCUGUACACUGACCGACAUCUGUUCGAUUCGCCACCUUCUAAUUAUGUACCACCCGGUGCACGGCUUCCGGGAUUCAGUUUUGUAUCCAGCGAGAGGCCCGCGAAACAGCGCUCCACGCCCAUAACAACCAUCGAGCGACCGAAAAUGCUACAAAACACACCAUUCGGCAACAAAAUUGCUUAGUUUGCGUGCCCGUACUACGCUGCGUUGCCGGCGUAUGAAUAGAUCAAAUCAAUUUACGCCAUUAACGCGUACCAAAUCCAGUUGACGCGUUCUUUUGUACAAAAUAAACAGUGUAUACUAUCUUGGAUCAUGCUUAUUCGGAAUCUGCAUGGAAAUAAAUAUUUUGUAAGCACUUGCAGGAUUUGGGGCUAAUCGAAGAGUAACUAAGAGUCGGCGAGAAUCCAACUCAAUUACUGUGUACCGCAAGUGUGGUUGGUCAAGCACAUCUUUUUAUGGGUUUACUAGAAAAUUCAGACUGUGCCCUCGACUGGGUAGUGUGCCGGUACAUAGCAAUAAAUUCAUGAAAAUCCAUGUAAAACGAUAUCAUACAUAAGUACUUUAACGUGCAAAACUACAAGACGUUCGGCCCAUAAUAGAACAUUUGCGCACCUGUUUGUAUUUGAAGCCGCUUGGAAUUUUUUAUCACCAGUUACCCGACAACCCGAUGCUAAGCGCACAAACGGGUUCACACCAAAGUACGUAAUCCUUUUCGCAACAAAAUACCAUAAAUCAAUAGAUCUUAACAUAGUUUCCGUCUUAAA